CAUGAGAAAUGUACGUGGCGGAUAGUUUUGUCCUGUAUAUAAUCCAUAAUUUUGCUUAUGCGCACGAUCUCACAGUCCAAGCCACAUGGCCUCCUAACCUGUGAUUUUGUUGUGGGUUUCGUGUGCUCCCACUUUAAAGUUCUGAUAACCGACAUGUCAGCCCAGAGUCACCGAAUUUUUGUGGGCAAUUUGCCACAUGCAGCUACUGAAGAAGAGAUCAGAAGCAAAUUUAUUAAGUACGGAACCGUUGAAUCGGUUGAAAUCCGGACAAAGAAAGAUGCCUGCACUGGGGAUCCCUUGGCCACCUUUUCAUUUGUGAACAUCAAAGCAGACCGUGAAUCGCUUAGCCAAAGUGCUUUACUGGUUAACGGCAUUAAAAUUGGUGGUCGUAACAUCAAAGUGGAACUGGCCAAGGAGAGUUUUUUGCAGCGUUUGCAAAGGGAAAGGCAGGCGGGCAACAAAACAGCUCCUCCAAGUGUGCCCAGUCAUCCUCAGCCUUCAGCUUAUAAGAAAAGUACAGACAAUUUCAAGAAUAAAUCUGUUCCCAAAGAAGCUGACUGUGAAGAUAAUGAUGUUAAAUUUCAUCCGACUAGUAAAUUGCCUAUGUUUAAAGGAGUUAGUUUGCAGAUCUCUGAUGAAAACAAAUCGGAAGUUCAGGUAGAAAAAGAGGUGUCCUCCUUUUCAAAUACAAAUAGAAGUGAUAACAACAGUCGCUCAGACAAACGUUCCUCCAAGAAUCAAUUCCAGUCGCAAAAUUCCGAUAUAUUAAAAAAGUUUGAGUCAUUCAGUGAUGUUUGGAAAGAUGAUGAUGGUGAUUAUCAAGAGGAUUAUAGUUCAUCUAGUUUCAAGCAAGGAGACAAAAGGCAAAGUUAUCAAGAUGAUUUUAAUGGACCAUCAAAAUUUAGUCAAAGAGACAAAAGGCACAGUUAUCAAGAUAAUAAUGGGUCACUUAAAUUUAGGCAUGGAGACAAAAGGCAAAGUUCUGAGAAAUUCUCUUAUACCAAUAAAGCUGGCAGCUGGCAAAGUCAGGACCAACUCUACCAAAGAAAUGGAUCUGGUGCUGGUGGUUCAUCUGGAAGCACAAAACCUAGUGUCAAUGCGGCUGAGGAGAAAAGAUUAAAGUCACUGGACGAGAAAAGGCAGACAUUUGAGCAACAGAAGAAUGCCAUCAAACUUGCUCUGUCUAGUGAGAGUGCUUCCAAAGUGAACAAAAAGGUUGUGUUUGGUGAUGACGAUGAGCCAACGGGACUUUAUGAGAAGCAGCUACUUGAGACUGCACCAAAGGGCCAGAAGCAAACUGCUCUCACAUUGUUCAAUGAAUCUGAUGAUGAAGCUGCCCCAGAUGACUGGAAAAAUCAGUUUGAAGUUAGGAAGCAGUUCCAGGGGGAAAAGGGGAAGAAGUUGCUACAGUUACAAAGUAACUUCAACAAUGACGAACGAUUCAAACUUGAUCAACGGUUCUAUGAAGAUGGUGGGGAAACCAAUUCAAAACCCUCAGAAAAACCCGAGACAAAAACCGUUACAUCAGAGGAUGGAGUAGAUACUGUUGAAGGUACAGAAGGCCUGGCUGAAGAAAGAGAACAGCAGCUCCAAAUCUUGUCAGAUAUUCUAGGUCAAUCCAUUCCUACGACACAGCCACCAGUUCAUCGUGAAAGUAAAAGGAUUGGAAUGUUACGCUUUGAUCCCUCCAAACCCAACCAUGUUAAGUAUGAACUAUCAAAGGAACCAAAAGAAAAGAAGAGGAAGAAGAAGAAAAAGGAAGGAGAGGAGGAGGAUGAUGACGACGACGAAAUUGAAGAGGAGAGUAGUAAACGGAAGUUUAGACGAGAGGAAAAGGAGCCUGAACCAGUUUCAGAGAGUAAAUUCUAUAAUAUCUCUGGUACUUUGGCUGACACUUUGAAACAGUCAAAGGAAGGCGAAAGUUCUGGUUUUAGUUUGUUGCAAAUGUUUGGCUCUCCCAGUGUCCCUUCAGAGAAGCAUGAGAAUGAAACAGUCCCCAGGGUGAAACCACUGAGAAAGAACUUAAAACAAUCUAUGCUGGAUGACUCAUCCUCAGAUGAGGAAGGCCCUGGCCCUACUGCUGACUUGAAUGCAGCAGAUAAUGACAAAGCAUUCCCAACUUCUAAUCCAGGCAUUAGAUCAUCUCAUGGUGUGUGGCAAGAGAGCUUCUUCCUUCAAAGUGGUGACACCCGUUUAAAAGAGGGACUCGACUUCUUCAGUGUCAAUAAACGCAAUGAUACAGUCCUUGAGCCUCAGAAAAGACAUGAGAUCUUAAGGUGUUUGAUGAGACAUAAAAGGAGAUUGAAGAAAGAGAAAGAUAUGAUGAAGCCAAAGCCACGGAGUGUUCAACACUCGAAUAAGGCUUCAUCCAGAAAAGUAAACAUUUUCAAACCUAGAAGAAAAGUAAAGUAAAUUUAUAUUUAUUUAUUUGUCUUGUUAAUAAAUUUUGAUCCUAAAAA